AUGGCCGGGGUACAGCAACCAGCCACGACGGGCCAUAUCCAAGAGCCAACCGCGUUCUCCAUGACAGAGACUGUUAUCGAUCGAGGACACGAGCAUGAACGUUCGAGGACCAUGACGAGCGAUUUCGAAGUGAUAGUCGAGGGUGCAACGGCGACGACGCCACCUCACCACCUUCCUCCAAAGCCUCAACCUCAGCCUCGUCGGACGUUGGAUCCCAGUGCAUGUCCUCCUGUGAUACCACCAGAGCAUCCAAGUAGGACACUGGUGCUGUGCUUCGACGGGACGGGCGAUCAGUUCGAUGCGGAUAACUCGAAUAUCGUUCAGUUGGUGUCGUUGUUGAAGAAGGAUGAUAAGACGAAGCAGAUGGUGUACUACCAGACUGGAAUUGGGACGUAUACUUCACCCAAAGUCGCAACUCCGUUGAUGUCCAAGAUUCGAAAGCUCAACGAUUUCAUCUCCCAGACAUUGGACACGAUGUUUGCUUCAAGUAUUCACGCCCAUGUCAUGAGCGGGUACGAGUUCCUGAUGCAGAACUAUCAAGCUGGGGACCGAAUCAGCAUGUUUGGCUUCUCCCGAGGUGCCUAUACGGCUCGAAGUUUGGCGGGAAUGCUCCAUAAAGUCGGCCUCCUCCCAGCAGACAACUUUGAGCAGGUGCCAUUUGCGUACAAGAUGUACACCCGCACAGACCACAUCGGCUGGGAGCAAUCGAACGAAUUCAAGAAAGCCUUCUCCAUCCAUGUGGAUAUCGACUUCAUCGGUGUUUGGGAUACCGUCGAUUCGGUUGGUAUCAUCCCCAAGCGACUCCCCUUCACCACUUCCAACACCAUUGUCCGCACCUUCCGACACGCCGUCGCCCUGGACGAGAGGAGAGCCAAGUUCAAGGCGAACCUCUGGAACAGACCUACACGCGAGGAAGAGAAGCUGGGUGAUCAAAACGAAGAGUCCGUGGAGAAAGCACUAUCCAACAUGGCCUCCGAGGAAGACAUCUCCCUGCUGAAGCUUCAGACGAACGACCUACGGCUCCCCAGUCUGCCCAAGACGCCGUUCACAAGUAGGUCCUCCAAGGAGGGCUCGGCAGACGAGAAGAACGGCACAAGCGCUAGUGGUAAGAAUAGCAAGAAUGGGAAGAAGAGUAGGAACCUGAGGAAACAGGAUUCGGAUGAGAAGAUCCUCAGCACCUUCGAACGGAUGUACUCGACUUCCCAUAGCAAGGCUGUCAAGACAGACAUCGAAGAGGUUUGGUUUGCCGGGUGCCACUGUGACGUCGGCGGCGGCUCCGUCAGCAACAAAACCCGCCACUCGCUCGCCCGAAUCUCCCUCCGCUGGAUGGUGCGCGAGUGCUUCAAAGCAGGGACAGGCAUCAUGUUCAAAUCCGACCGUCUCUACGAGAUCGGGUUGGACCCUACAACCCUGUACCCCUUCGUCACACCCCGUCCACCACCUCUGCCCGUCACAGAGGAGCACAAACUCCGCAAGCACCCUGCCAAAGAGAUUCCCAUCCGGCCCCAGGCCCUGCUUACGAAGAAGAAACCGCAGAACCUCGAGGCGCUCGCGCGGGCCUCGCAGGCACCCGCUGGCCCUAUGUUCCUUGGGAGCGAGGAGGAGGAAGAGUUGCGAGAUGCGCUCUCCCCGGCUUAUGACCAGCUUAGGAUACAGAAAGCGUGGUGGGUCUUGGAGCUCAUGCCCCUUCAACUGCGGUACCAGCGGGGCGACAACCAAUGGGUCACUUACUUCGCCUCGAACUUGGCUAGGCCGAGGUUCAUCCCCAAGCAACGCACGAACGGAGUCAAAGUCCAUCGUAGCGUCAAGCUUCGGAUGGAGGCUGAGUAUGAAGAGGAGAAGAAACGGUUGAAGGGGAAGAAGUAUCAGCCCAAGGCGGUGCUCCGAGUUGAGCCCACUUGGGUCGAUUGA